GCCGGAAGUGGUGUGAGUAUUGUGAUUACGUCACGGACUGUAGGUUUCUCUUCCGGUUCGUCAGGCAGGGGGGCUGAGACUUGUGUUUUUCUCGUCGUCUCCGGGAAUUUUCUUCUAUAAGCGGCAAAGAUGGCGAUGCAAGCGGCAAAACGUGCGAAUAUUCGCUUACCCCCAGAGGUGAACCGCAUCUUGUACAUCAGGAACUUACCAUAUAAAAUCACUGGGGAGGAAAUGUACGACAUUUUUGGGAAAUAUGGCCCAAUCCGGCAGAUAAGAGUAGGGAACACACCAGAGACCAGGGGUACCGCAUACGUUGUAUACGAAGACAUCUUUGAUGCCAAGAAUGCCUGUGAUCAUCUGUCCGGCUUCAACGUGUGUAACAGAUAUCUGGUGGUCCUGUACUACAAUGCAAACAGAGCAUUUCAAAAGAUGGAUACCAAAAAGAAAGAGGAACAGCUCAAGCUUCUGAAAGAGAAAUAUGGCAUCAACACAGAUCCCCCAAAAUAAAACUGAGUCUCUAUAUACAUUUUUUUUCUAUUUUAAAUUGUGUAUAGUUCCUGAGGUUUUUUCUUUUAUUUUUUGUAAGGGAAGGACACAUGGACUGAAUAUUUGUUAUGUUUUCCCAUGAGAUGUUUAAAAAAAAAAAAAAAGACAAUACAAACAGUGAUUUCUUCAGCACAAAGCUACAUGACUCGUGGAGACUACAAUUCAUUGAAAACUUUUUCUGUGGCUUUGAGGCCUUCUUGUGUUGGUUCUCAGAUCGGUACUUUGGUCCUGUACGUGUUUCAUGCUGAACAUAGAUGGAUGUAGAUACCAAUAAACACAAAUCACUUUUUCAUAUAAAAAGCUGUAUUCACUGACCAAAAAAGCAGCCAAGGAACAAUAAUUAAAAUGGCAGGUAAUCAGCACUUCUAGAUAGCGUCUCGCAUACAUAUUUUAAGCUCACACCUGGAUAGAUGCUUUAAAGUGAUGUUCUCAGCUCCAACAUUGAGGAAUACAUUUAUGAAAGAUGUGGGUCCUGUUUCUUUUGCCUGCACCUAUGCAGAGAAUAGGUGCCCACUAACCUACCCAUGUGUGCAGCUACCUUUUGCAUUCAUCCAUUACUUCUUAGAAUGCAGUUAAAUAGUGGAAAAAAAUUGCUAUACUUACCUUUCUUACACCAUCACUGUCACACUGUUUACAGCAGGACAGGGCUCUGUUACAGCAAUGGGAGAGUAAGGAAAGGAAGUAUUUUUUUUUUUCUAACUCUCUUGAGCACAGUAAGGCUAUGUUCCGCACAAAUUCCGAUAUUCCGCCAGCAUUGCGGACAAGUUUUUUGGGGGAAUUUUUGUGGUGCUCAAAAUGCUGAAUUCUGCCAAAAUUAGAAGCCCUAAUAAGUUUAAUGGUGUUGCGUCUGUAAUUCUGCAGAAUGUAAAGACAAGUCCUUAAAUUUCGCAGAAUAGGACAGAUGAAUCACAUUAAACUUGUGUAUUGCUAUAAUAGACUUCAACACAUGUUCGCCUCUGCAUACUCCCAUUAACAACAAGGUCCUUAGCAACAAGAGAUUUAAGGCAACAAGUGUGCUUAUAUGACAGUACAUUGUUAUGAAAUAUGGAGAGUUCUAAGGAGGGCCCAUGAUGGACAUUGAAGCAGCAUCUGCUACACAGGAUGGCCGGGAGUACAGAAGAACACGUGAUUCUGUACUGGGUCACCAUAUAAAUAAAUUAAAAAAAACAUUCUCUCGGCUUCCCACAAAUUUAAUAGCCUAAAAGCGCCAUAAAAGGAUGAAGAAAACCCCAUUAGUGUCUGGCGUUUCAUAUCACCCUAUUGAUUCCAAACUAAAAUGUACCCGCAGCGAGCAUGGUGUUUUUAUUUUUUUAUUUUUGUUUACAAACACGCCAAGUGUAAUCCCAGCUUAAAUGAAUGUUUUCACAAUAGCUUGGGACAGGCUGCAGACUGUGCUAUGUAUUUGCAUAGUCGUGGCGUACAGCAUGUGCUGCAUUUAUGUGGCGGCUUUCUGCUGGCAUAUAUGGCUUUCCAAAGGAUAGGGGAAAAGAUGUCUGGUCAUGGAGGUCCUGCCGCUGGGACCUCCGCGAUCUCCAUGCAGCUGGGUUGUUGCAGCGCGGUCCUGACUUCACUGCGCCCCCCCCAUUCAUGUCUAUGGGAGGUGGCGUGAAGUUACGACCCCCACCGCAUAAACCCAGCGCUCUAAACAUACUGUUUAGAAUGACGAGUACUGCAUGGAGAUCGCAAGGGUCCCAGCAGCGGGACCCCCGUGAUCAGAGAUCUUAUAACCUAUUCUUUAAAUAGGGGAUAAGAUGUCUAGGACUGGAGUACCCCUUUAACCCAUUAACCACCCAGGGCGUACCUGUACACCCUUGGGAUUUCCGGUCCCUGUACAGCAAUCAUUCAGCAUGCACCCCAUGCAAACCCCUUGCGGCGAUCGGUCCCCCAUGUCGCCGAUCGCUGCAAAUCACUGAUCUCACCUCCCAUGAGUCUACUCAGAUCUCUAUCCUAUGCCAGAUCACUAAGGCAUACUCAAACAUGUCUUCUAUCAUAUCCAUGUAGUGUAUUUACUAACGUAUGAAAGGACUCCGCCACUCCCUGCACUUAUCACAAUACACGAGGGCUGCAGCCUGGCUCAUACGGUUUGUUCUACCCACUGGCAUCCAAAACACACAUGGAAAAAAUGAUAUUAAUAAAGAAGUGACGACUUGAAUGACACAAGAAAUUCUCAGAAGGAACAAAACAGUUUCCCAAUUACCAGAAGAAUAGUACGGUAAGUGAACACAGCACCUGCACGUACUACUACUACAGAGGGAAGGGGAUUAACAUCAACCUCGUGUGGAAUGUUUUGUAACCUUUUUCUUAUUGUUCCAAAGCAUUUAAAACAAAUAGAUGAAGCAACUUUCUCUUUAGUCUCGAUUAAAAACAUCCUAACGUAAGCAACCGUAUGUGUCUUCAUGGACUACAAACUAACCCUGUGUUGUCUGACUCUUGUUAACAUACAUUUGGCAAACGGGCUGUAGACUUGGCCAUGUAUAUACAGUCAUCUAUAGCACUGCUGGAACUGUAUGUGCGGUUUAUGUGUUUCCUAUUGACUUUACAAAAGAG